UCCACAGAAACAGCUCAGAUCCCGAAUGGGUGUGCGUAAGAUGUGUACUUUUCCAAAACUAGUGUAAGUAUGUCAAAGUUGUCGGUGAAAGAGGAAAGUGGCUGUAGAAGACUGUUAACAAUGUUGCCCAAGGACGACUUGCUGGCCCUUAAAGAUACAGUAACGAAUCGUCUGAUAGCUGUAGAGAGUACAGAAGAGGCAGUCCAAGCCAUCAUAGCUUACUCUCAGGAUGCAGAGGAGCUGCUCAAGAGGAAGAAGGUGCACCGUGAUGUCAUUUUUAAGUAUCUUGCCAAUGAAGGAGUUGCUAUGCCUCCAAACGCUGAGAAAUAUAAUCUGGUCAGGAGGACCCUUGAGUUGUGGUCAUCUGAGGAGAUGCCAAAGCCAAAAAGUGAGAAGAAUGCAGCUUUUUCUCCAGACAAGACUGCAGAUGGUCUGUCAGACCUUGCAGCUUUGGGAAAACAGUUUUGCCAGUGGUUCUUCUGCCUUUUCAACUCUCAGAACCCCACACAAGGGCAGCCGGUGCAGGACUGGGGUCCUCAGCAUUUCUGGCAGGACGUGAGACUUCGGCUUCUGUUAUUUGCUGGAGAACAGCGUGUUGAAGAGUUCAAUGGGGCAGAGUUGGUCAGCAGGCGGCUUCAUGCUCUUGUAGGAGAAGAACGUCUGUUGUUCUGCCCGAACUUGGAGGGUCUUGGGUUAAAGUGUGUAUCUUCACCCCAUGGAUUUGUGUUAGUGGCUGUGGCUGGGACCAUCCACCGUGACAGUGUCUGCCUCGGGAUUUUUGAGCAAGUGUUUGGGCUCAUUCGCUCACCACUGGACAGUAACCGUUGGAAGAUAAAGUUUGUGAAUGUUAAAGUAGAAGCACAAAGUGUCAUCACUGACAGACAGUUACCAGUAAUUACAUAUGACUCCAACGAGUUGCUUAGCCUUUGCAAUUGAGCAUCAACAUGGUUUGUGUGGUCAUGUUUUGAUGUAGUAGUUUCAAUACAAGUUAAGCUCCAUCAACAGCAUUUGUGGCAUAAUGUUGGUAACCACAAAGAAUAAUUUUGACUCAACCCUUGUUUUUAUUUUAAAAAAGAGUGCAAAAAAAAGAAGAUAAAAAAUACAGUGAUUACAGGGUUUUGUUGUCAAUACAACAAAGUGAAAACACUGGAUAUAUAACUUUUCACAGAUAUAGUAAGCGAUUUUAUCACACUAAAAUCAUGCCAACAUGCCUUGUUUACAUCUUGUGUCUAUAUUUCUGAAACCGUGUGUAUUUUAAUGUUAAUGGACUGACCCCAUUCACUUCCAUUGUUACUGCCUCACUGUAGAUUGUUGCUUUUUUUGCUGUAAUUGUUUUUGCAAAAAUCAACAUUGUGCCACAAAUGCUGUUAAUUGAGUUUAACUUGUAUUGAAUGUGGAACAUUCCUUUAACCAUGGACGAUGUACUUUUCCAUGUAAAUAACAUUGUCGGUGGACUUUUUUAAGAUUAAGCUAAGUAUGAAUAGUAUGGCACCUGUUUCAACUAAAGGGGAAAAAAAAGUAUCACAGCUUGCAUUGUAUAUUUGUUGCCCUGAAGGAAAGACCAGUCAGUUUCCCCCUUACAAACCUAAACUCAAUUAAUAUUUAGAUUUAUGUCAUUAUAUGAUUUGAUUUGUCAUUAUGACAUUUUUUAUAAAGAGCUAAAUUGAUGCAAAAAAAUAAAAUAAAUAGUUUGAUGGAGAGCUAGAAAGCUAAAAAUUAAUUGAAUAAUUAAUACAAUGAAUCCUGUAAAUUUAAUUGGCAUCUGAUUAUUUUAGGUUCUUUUAGAUUUCUAGUUUUUCCUCAAUUACUUCAACCUAAUAAAAUUUUUUUAUUAGUUCUUAUCAGAAAUGUAAAAAAUAAAUAAAUAAAUAAAUGAAAA